AUGUGGAGUAGCCCUGCGCGGACCCCAGCCCCGGCCAUGCAGCGGCGGCGCCUCUCCCAGACGCGCACGGUCCGCUCCAACCUGCAGCCGCGCCCGGGCGCUCCGGACGACUCGGAACGGGGCGCGCGGAGAGGCGGGCCCGGCGCGUACCUGGCCGACAACCGGCUCAAGACCACCAAAUACACGGCCCUGUCCUUCCUGCCCAAGAACCUCUUCGAGCAGUUCCACCGCCUCGCCAACGUCUACUUCGUCUUCAUCGCGCUGCUCAACUUCGUGCCCGCGGUCAACGCCUUCCAGCCGGGCCUGGCGCUGGCCCCGGUGCUCUUCAUCCUGGCGGCCACGGCCAUCAAGGACCUGUGGGAGGACUACAGCCGCCACCGCUCCGACCAGGACAUCAACCACCUGGGCUGCCUGGUCUUCAGCAGGGAGGAGCGGCGCUACGUGGCCCGGUUCUGGAAGGAGAUCUGCGUGGGUGACUUUGUGUUCCUGCGGUGCAACGACGUGGUCCCCGCCGACAUCCUGCUGCUGGCAUCCAGCGACCCGGGUGGCCUGUGCCACAUCGAGACUGCCAAUCUGGACGGCGAGAGCAACCUCAAGCGGCGCCGGGUGGUUCGAGGCUUCUCUCAGCCCGUCUCCAAAUUCAACCCUCUGACAUUCACCAGUGUCAUUGAGUGUGAGAAGCCAAACAAUGACCUGACUCGAUUUCGUGGGUGUAUCAUUGAUGACAGAGGGAAGAAGGUGGCGCUGCACAAGGAGAACCUGCUGCUCAGAGGCUGCACCAUGCGCAAUACUGAGGGCGCCGCAGGAAUCGUGGUCUAUGCAGGGCACGAGACCAAGUCGCUGCUCAACAGCAGUGGGCCCCGUUACAAGCGCAGCCGGCUGGAGCGGCAGAUGAACCGCCAUGUGCUCUGCUGCGUGCUCAUCCUUGUCUGCAUGGCAUUCGUCUCGGCUGUUGGGCACUGGCUGUGGAUCCGACAGUAUCAAGAAAAAAAAACCUUAUUUGAUGUCCCCAAGUCAGACGGCAGUGACCUGUCCCCCGCCACCGCUGCUGUGUACUCGUUUCUGACUAUGGUCAUUGUUCUGCAGGUUCUGAUCCCCAUCUCCUUGUACGUCUCCAUUGAGAUUGUCAAGGUGUGCCAGGUGUAUUUCCUUAACCAGGACCUGGCACUGUAUGAUGAGGAGACUAGCUCACGGCUGCAGUGUCGUGCGCUGAACAUCACUGAGGACUUGGGCCAGAUCCAGUAUAUCUUCUCAGACAAAACGGGCACCUUGACCGAGAACAAGAUGGUCUUCCGCAGGUGUACGGUGUCUGGUGUGGAAUAUUCUCAUGAUGCCAAUGCCCAGCGCCUGGCCAGAUACCAGGAGAUGGACUUGGAGGAGGAGGAUGUUCUCCCCAGGGGCAGCUCCCUGCCACAGCCCAGCAGCCUGGAUAACCCUCAGACCCUGCACCGCAGCCACAGCACCGGGUCCCACUGCCACCCAGGUUUUCGAGCUGAGGGUCACCGGGCCAGCGUGCAGUCGCACACAGCCUUCAGCAGCCCCAUGGAGAAGGACAUCACACCUGACCCCAAGCUUCUGGAGAAGCUGAGCGAGUGUGACCGGUGCCUGGCCAGGGCACGCCACCACGAUCACCCACUCGCCAACCUCUCGCCUGAACUGUUGGACAUCUUUGACUUCUUCAUUGCACUCACCAUCUGCAACACCGUCAUGGUCACAGCCCCAGAGCAGGCCCCACAGAAGGAGAUGGGGGUGAAAUUUGAGCUGAGGUCACGGGUGAAGAUGCUGGAGGAUUUCCUCCGCCGCCUGUCUCCCAGCCGCCUCACACUGGGUGCCAGCUCCUGCAGCCUGAACACCCAGAAGGCCGACCACAAGCCAGGGGCCACCCUCCUGAGCUCCCUCCACAAUGAAGGGCAGCUGCUGGACCCACCCAGUGCCACCACCAUCGACAGCUACACCAGCAGUAGCAGUGGGCCCGAGCACUGGCAACUGCCGCCACAAGUGCUGGACACCGAGUCCACUUGCGAGCACCAGCUGCGCUACGAGGCAGAGAGCCCUGACGAGGCCGCGCUCGUCUAUGCCGCCCGUGCCUACCGCUGCACGCUGGUGGGCCGCCGCCAGGACCAGCUGUUUGUGGAGCUACCGCAGCUGGGCCGCCUCACCUUCGAGCUCCUGCACACGCUCGACUUCGACUCCAUCCGCAAGAGGAUGUCAGUGGUGGUGCGACACCCGCUCACCCAGGAGAUCAAUGUCUACACCAAGGGUGCCGACUCGGUGAUCAUGGACCUCCUGCUGCCCUGCUCUACAGAGGACUCCAGAGCACGGCACCAGAAGAAGAUCCGUGGCAGGACACAGGCGCACCUCACACAUUAUGCCAGAGACGGGCUGCGCACACUCUGCAUUGCCAAGAGGGUGCUCAGCAAGGCCGAGUACUCACGCUGGCUGAAGGGGCAUCUGGAUGCGGAGGCGGCAGUGGACCAUCGGGAGGAGCUGUUGGCAAGGUCUGCUGGGCGCCUGGAGACAGGCCUGCAGCUGCUGGGGGCCACGGGAGUCGAAGACCGGCUGCAGGACGGAGUCCCCGACACCAUCGCAGCGCUACGUGGGGCCGGCCUGCAGAUCUGGGUGCUGACAGGUGACAAGCAGGAGACAGCCCUGAACAUCGCCCACGCCUGCCAGCUGCUGGGCCCCAACGAUGAGGUUCUCCUUCUGGACGCGCAGUCCCAAGAGGCAUGCUCAGCCCUGCUGAAUCAGUGUUUACAAUACAUGGAGUCCAGGGCUCCCAAUGUCUCCCCAUGCAAGACUCCUAGCAGCCUGAGCGUGGCCUUCUCCUCCAAGUACCCGCUGACUACUGCCACCCCUGUCUUCAGCCACGGGCCCUGCCUAGUCAUCGAUGGAAAAUGUCUGGCCUUCGCUCUCGAGAAAAACCUCGAGGAUAAAUUUCUCUUCCUAGCCAAGCAGUGCCGCUCAGUGCUCUGCUGCCGCUCCACGCCCUUACAGAAGAGCAUGGUGGUAAAGCUGGUCCGAAGCAAGCUCAAGGCCAUGACCUUGGCCAUAGGGGAUGGUGCCAAUGACGUCAGCAUGAUCCAGAUGGCAGACGUGGGUGUGGGUAUCUCAGGCCAGGAGGGCAUGCAGGCAGUGAUGGCCAGUGAUUUUGCUUUGCCAAGAUUCCGGUAUCUUGAGAGACUACUCAUUGUUCACGGUCACUGGUGCUACUCCCGCCUUGCUAACAUGGUGCUGUACUUUUUCUACAAAAACACAAUGUUCGUGUGUCUCCUGUUUUGGUUCCAGUUCUUCUGUGGCUUCUCCGCAUCUGCCAUGAUCGACCAGUGGUACUUGGUCUUCUUCAACCUGCUUUUCUCAUCGCUGCCACAGCUUGUCACAGGGGUGCUGGACAAGGAUGUGCCAGCCCACGUGCUGCUGGCUCAGCCUCAACUCUACCGGAGCAGGAAGGGCACGGAGGAAUAUGGACCUUGUACUUUCUGGUUGAACAUGCUGGACGCAGCCUUUCAAAGCCUGGUUUGCUUUUUCAUCCCUUACCUGGCCUACUAUGACUCAGACACAGACCUCUUUGCCUGGGGAACUCCCAUCACGGCCAUCGCACUCUUCACCUUCCUCCUGCACCUUGGCAUCGAAACCAAGACCUGGACCUGGCUCAACUGGGUCACAUGCAUCUUCAGCGUGGCCCUGUUCUUCUCGGUGGCUUUUAUCUACAAUUCGUCCUGCCCCACCUGUUAUCCGCCAUCCAACCCUCACUGGACCAUCCAGACGCUGAUGGGAACCCCGCUCUUCUACCUGACUUGCCUCCUCGCCCCAGUCGCAGCGCUGUUGCCCAGACUAUUCUUCAAAGCCCUGCAGGGGACUCUGUCUCCUACCCCACUUCAGCGGGGUCGACAGCUAGCUAAGAAGUUGCCCAUGAAACUCCCCAGUGGCCAGUCACCCCUGGAAGAAGAAUCAAGAACUGAACCCUCAGAAUUGAGCCUCAUGGGGGCUCCCGGAACCGGCUCCCAGGAUUCCAGGCCUCCCGAGGCUCAGCCUGAUCUGCCCACCUGGUCCUCCAAGACCAAUGGGGAGCCCAGCGCCGAGGACACAUGCACCCAGGACACACAGGAUGAGCCUCUGCAAGAGGAACUUGGGGUCCAGGUCCUGGGAGCCUCUACCCAGAGCAAGUAUCCAGGGCUCGCCAAGGCCAAGAGGCCCAGACUCUGCAGGUCGGCUGCUGCCUUCUCCAUCUUCAGGCUCCCUGGCCUCACCUCCCUACUUUCUUUGCUCUCGCUGGGCAAUACCCUCCAGAUCCCCCAAAGUCCUUCACAAAUGGACAAGCAAGAGGGCGAAUUCCAGCCCAAACACCGCGCUACAGAAUUAGGACCUGCUGACCCUGUAGGGUCAGACCACCUACUCCUUCUAGAAAGUUCUCCCAGGCCAGCCCAGAGUGACAGAAUUUGAAAUAACCUUGUUUUUGUUGUUUGGCUUUUUUAAAUCCCACUUGACACAUCUAGAUACCUAUUACGUCCGCAUCAUUUAUGCAUCUCUCUUCUAGUGAUGUAUAUUUGUUGAUCCUUGAGGCUCGGGUGGAGAAAGGUACCAAAAGAGAAAGAUAUAUUUUAUUUUUUGAAAAGUUUUACUUAGAGUUUAUAGAAAAGAAAAAAAGGGAAAAAUAAGACAGAUUUAAUGUAUAAAAAGUUUGAAGGGAAAGUAACCCUCAAAGUGUGUCUACAUUUAUUUUUUCAUCUCAUUUUAUUAAAAAACAGUCUGACUGGU